AUGACCGCUGCCGACAUCAUAACCGACCCGGACCUACGUGCCGUGCUCGACGCCGCUACGCUCGCCCAGCAGCAAUGCGACGCACUGCUAGCGCUGCUCGCCGAGCACCCGCUCCCUCCAUCGUCGUCCAGGCCCGCCGAGAACCAGAUGCCGCCCGAGGUCGCCGAGCAGAUAUCGUCGGCGCAAAAGGCCCUACACGCCCACCUCGCCGCGGUGCGCAACCAGAAUCGGAAGGCGCUGCUGAGCGUGCGCGCGACCAAGCACGCGACGGCCGACGCGAGGCACGAGGUCGACACGCUGCACCUGGCGUUGCAGAACCUGUACUACGAGCAGCGUCAUCUGGAGUCCGAGAUAAAGGCCUGCCAGGGCUACGAUCAUCCGUAUCAGAAGCUCCCGCUGAUGCCCGAGGACGAGUUUGCAGCGACCUUUCCGGACGUAGUGGAGGGCUGUAGGGAAGCUGCACAGAAGGCGGUUCUUGAGAGGGGAGAUAAGGCGGGAGGCGGGGAGUCGGGAGGGGAGGAUGUGGGCAUGGAAGGUGGAGACGAGGAUACGGCGUACGAGGAGGAGGUGUUUGAGGACGCGUUGAUGAAGGCCAGGAUCGAGCAUGAGCACAAGGAGAGAUUGGCGUUGGAGGAAAAGAGGCAAGGCCUGCUGAAGAAGAAGCAGGGAUUGAUUGCGGAGAACAACAAAAGAAAGGAGGACCUUGCUAAAUUGGACGAGAGCUUGGAGAAGUUCAUCGAGGCCGCCAAACCCAUCGAGCAAACUUUUCAAAAGGAGUACUAG